AUGUCGGAUAGUCAGGAGGACGUGACAAUGCAGGAGAGAGACGCGGCUAAAGACAUUUCAGAUGAAGAAGAAGCUGAGUGGUCUCCUAAUGCAAUUGAAGACGAGGAAGAAGACGAGGAAAUGGAAGAGAGCGACGGCAUUGAGAGCGAAGACUUUGAUGCUGUUGGCUCUUUCUUCGAUCUCAACAGUUCGCGCACCCGUAAACCAACUCGUCAGUUGAGAAAUGGAUUCACAAAGAUGCCAAAGAAACGCAAGGUCAUGUCGGGACGGACCGAGCGCUGGAAUCGCCGUCGCAAGAUCGCAGACGUGCUGGACGACGCAGAGCUCGAACAAAGUACACGCAAAGCUCGUGAAGCAGAAGCAAAGCGAGCUCAGAGAAUUGACGCUAUAUUGGGAAACUUUUCAGCCUUAUCAGAGGAUCAGCUGGCGGUGCCUGAUAAAAAGAAAGAGAAGAAAUUGUGUCUAAACCCAUCGGCGGGAGAGAUGCCUACAGGUGAAGAAGGAUCAGAGGACGCGCCAAUUUUUGCAUACAAUGAUCUGGUCGAUAAGCUAAAACCUCACCAGGUUGACGGUGUCAGGUUUUUAUGGAGUCAUGUUGCAGUGGAACCGGUGGGUUUUGGUUGUGUAUUGGCAGAUUUUAUGGGUCUGGGUAAGACAUUACAGGUAAUUACGACAGCGCAGGCGUUUUUGUCGAAGAGAAUUAUGGAUGAGAACGGAAAGUUAAAGCAAAGACAUAAGCACGUGCUGAUCCUUGCUCCAACGAUUUGUGUUCGAAACUGGGAAGCCGAGAUUGUCAAGUGGCUAGGCAAAAAGGAAGCACGACGUCUUGGACUGUUCACGUUGGAGUCAAGCCGAGAAAAGAAAAUGAACGAUCGUGUCUUUGUUGUGAAGAAGUGGUACAAGCGUGGUGGCAUUUUGAUAAUGGGAUACGAGCUGUACCGUCUUUUGGUAUUGCAGUCCAGUGGCGAGGAGAAGAUAUCUGCUGGGAAUCAAAAGUACGCGUAUUUGAUGAAACAGGUAUAUGCAUGCUUGAGCGACCCGGGACCAGAUCUUAUUGUGCUGGAUGAAGGCCAUCGUGUUCGUAAUCACAAGUCAAAAAUGGUGAAAGCACUCGCUCACGUUAAAACGACACGACGCAUAAUCUUAACAGGCUACCCACUUCAGAAUCACCUGGAGGAAUACUGGACGAUGGUAAAUUUUGCCCGACCGAACUAUCUUGGCUCUUUGGAUGAAUUUAAAAAUCGAUACGUAGCCCCAAUCACGAAUGGACAGUGCAUUGAUAGCUCCGAAGCCGACUUGCGGCUGGCACGGCACCGGGCAUUUGUCCUAACGCGCGAGUUAAGGCCUUUAGUACUCCGUCGCGAUCAGCAAUAUCUUUUUAAGCAGCUACCACCUAAGAAGGAAUAUGUGCUAAUGUGCAAACUAACCGACGCACAAGCACAAUUAUACCGAGAAUUUCUUCGCAGUGGUGUUCCAACUCGUGGCGACUCGCAACAGGUGGAUGUCCUUGGUGGCUACCAUAUUGCACUGGCUAUCUCGAACCACCCUGAUGUCAUUUACGAAACGUACAAGAGACUGGAGAAAGAGGAGCAGAACAAAGCUAGCAUAAAAUCAAAACGCAAUGAUGUCUUGGAAAUUUUUGGGGUUGAAGAUGGUGGCAACGCUUUUGAUCCGUAUGAUGACGGCCCGAGCCAGAGCGCUCCCAUGUCCGGUACCUUUAGAGCUAAUUCACCAGCAGAGUCUCGCGGUCCGCGCGUGAACAAUGACGACGAUGACGACGAUGACGACAGUGAGGCAGCACUUUUGAAUAUGCUAGAUGCCCCUAGUAGUGCUGCGCCACAAACUAAGCCAACAGCUGUUGCAAGAAGUCAUCGUUUAAAAUUUGCUCAAGAUUUUGUCGAAAACUAUGUCCCGAACCAGCUCGAAUCCAGUGGCAAGAUGAUGAUCCUUAUGGAACUUCUGUCAGCGUGCCGAGACGUUGAUGAUCGUGUGAUCAUAUUUUCGCAGAGUAUUCCUACGCUAGAUGCUAUCGGAGUAACAAUCUCCAAGCACAACAAGUAUCAGCGGCGCCAUGCCAAACGCUUUAAUUAUCUGCGUAUUGACGGAAGCACGUCCCAACAAGACAGAUUUCGACAGAUCGACCAGUUCAACGACCUCGAAGAGGAUAUCGACAUAAUAAUGAUCUCGACGAAAGCUGGCGGCGAGGGAAUUAACCUGUGCGCUGGCAAUCGAAUUAUCAUGUUUGAUGUGUGCUGGAACCCAUGCAAUGACUCACAGUCUAUGUGCCGAUCGUACCGGUUUGGCCAGACUAAACCCGUUUUCGUAUACCGCUUUGUGUCGAUGGGUACCAUGGAGAAGAAGGUAUACGACUUGCAAAUUCGCAAAGAAGGCGUUGCUAAGCGUAUUGUGGACGAAAAAACGACCGAAAGAAAGUUCAUGUCCUCUGAGUUGCAAAAGUACUUUAGCAUUAAGGACUUCGAAGAUUCUUUGUUGCACGCGCAAGGCAAGGCAGUAAAUGAUGAAGAAGUUAUUAUCGAAGCAAUUCCUCAUGAAGACUCAGUGCUAACGAAUAUUUUGACAGAAAUGCAACACAGAACUACCACUCCAGCUAACAUCUCUACUGAAAAUGUAGAAAGUACUGCUGCUGAAAUGUUGGCCGACAGGAGAUGCAUCAUAGAUUGGUUUGAGCAAGAUACGAUGUUUGAAGAAGAUUUGGACCAACAGUGCACACCAGCUGAGCAGAAGGAAAUUUUGGAAAGCUAUACCUACUUUAAAGCUGUACGGACACUGCGCAGCGGAGGAACUCAUCUUUUAAGUCGUGAGGGUGUGCUGAUUAAGAAUUGUGACUAUUGCCGAGUAUCGAACGAGAUUUAUCCGACAUCAACUACGAGCGUUCCAGUGCCUUCGAAAAUUGAAUGCAUUUAUUGCAAGCAGUCUAUUGCAACUGCCGGGGCAGUCCCUCCGUUACAAAACCCAGAUGCUGGGUACUCGUUUAUAGGGCACAUGCCUCGGGUUCCGAUUCCAGCACAAGAGACUGUGACGGCUACUACAGCAGUUCUACGUCCACCUGGAGCAGCAGCCUCAGCCCUUCCACUCGCACCAACUACAAUAGGUGUUGCUCCAAGUGUAAGUGCUCAAAGUGGUGGCAGAAUAUUGCCUCCCCACAUGCAGAUUAUAUUCGAUCAGCAAAAGAGAGCGGACAAGAACACUGAGGAACAGCGAGCCCAGCUGUUUGCUCGGCAGAGGGCCGAGCAGCAGCGCAAGAAAGCUGAGAUUGCAGCAGCGGUACGGAAGCAGGAGCGGUUAAGUAUGAAGCUGAGUGACCGGCAUUUACUUAUACUUCGGCGAGGCAUAAAGGGGUGUCAAGACCUUAAGCGGGAGGCAGAGGAAUGUGGGGCAGCAUUGGCGAUCGAGGUCAACUCGCAACUUACGGAUAUUGUAAGUGCGAUGACCCCAGCAGAAACAUAUAAGUGGCUCAAGCUAAGCAAGCUUCCUGGUGAUGUGGAACUCCACGAUGACACCUGGUUGCGAAACGAAAUCGCAAAAGAGAAAGGAUUGCCGCUAAUCCCUGUUAAGUCAAGUUCGAAUUUGACCGUAAAGCCCCAAUCAGCUAUUACAGCUGCUACUGCCGCUAAUUUUAUGGCCUGUACUGCUCCAGCCCUCGCUCCCACAGAUACGCCGACUUAUGGUCAUAGUUCACAGACAACGGUCGACAGCAGCAGUGAUUAUAUUGAACUUUUGGGCUCGGAUGAUGACGACCUUCCGAAGACAAGUAUUAGCAACGGACCAGCAGCAAAUGACCACAAUAACGGUGAUAACGCUACCGUUGUUGACGUAAAUGACGUCAUUGAAAUAUUGUAG